UCUAGCUGCUGGCUGGGAAUGGUGUGUAGGGGCUGCCCUCUUUAUAUUUGGAGGCUCCAAAAGAAUCUCAGCUCCCUUUCAUGUGCCGCCUUGGUCCAAUAAAACACUGGGGCUGCCUGCAAGUGGUCUAAUCUCGGCGAGGUGUCAAUCAUGUUCUUACGGUGGUUGAAUUGCGGGUUUUGGUAACCGCCUCCACUGCUAGAAGAGGCGGACGAGAGGAAAAGCUUGCUUUGGAUCAAAAGCAUACAGACUGUCGCCGUUGGAUGUAGAAAGCUAGCACAGGCUGCCUUCGCCCAUAGGCUACGGUUGUAAGCAGAGGGACGCUGCUGGAUUUCUGGAUUAUUCGUAAAUCAAAUGGUUUUCUUUCACAACCCAAUGCGGAGAAAUGGGUAAACUUCAUUCGAAACAUGCUGCUGUGUGUAAACCAAGGGAGAGCCCAGAAGGCGACAGCUUUGUAGUUAAUGCCUGUUUGGCCAGAAAAGGAAUUGACGAUUGGAUCGUUAAACAGAGAUACUAUUGUACCGGGUCGCGCUUGGACCAACAGGACUGCCAACAGAAAACUACUUGCAGACUAUCCACACGGGACCCCUCCGAUGAAGCGUGCGUGGAAGGGAUCAGCGAUGAACUUUACCGCUUAGAAGUGGCCCUCCCCCCAGAGAAGACGGGCGGCUGCUGGACUGAAGACAAGAUCCCGGAGAAGGAGAGCCAGGCGCCCGAGACGGCCAAGAAACAGCUCAAGUUUGAAGAGCUGGAGUGUGCUGUGUCUCUGGAGGAGGACAACAGGCAGGAGUGGACGUUCACUCUCUACGACUUUGACAACAAUGGCAAGGUCACUCGAGAGGACAUCACCAGCUUGCUGCACACCAUCUAUGAGGUGGUGGAUGCGUCAGUGAACCACUCCCCCAGCACCAGUAAAACCCUGCGGGUCAAGCUCUCUGUGGCCCCCGACUCCACCCAGAAGUGGAAGGGCACCCUGCACAGCUCUGGAGACGCCCCGCACCCCAGGCAGAAGGCCGACAAGAGCGUCGACGACCCCAAAAGCUCGGACAAGAAGACGCGAGCCCCUCUCAGACGGCACCACAGCGACCACCACACCCAGCAGGGCUGCAUGCGCCACUGUGUGGACGAGAACCUGGAACGCCGGAACCACUACCUGGACCUGGCCGGCAUCGAGAACUACACGUCCCGCUUCGGAACGGGUCCUGCGGUGCAGCCGGGAGCAGGAGGUCAGAGCAGGUCUCGCUCCCACGAGCCGGAGAACGGGCUCUCGAACCCGCACCAUCGCCGUUCGCAGGCCGCCGACCCCCCGGGCCCCCCGGCCCCGCCCGCCGAGCCCCCCUGCCCCCGGCUGCGCGGCCAGGACUCGGGCAAGCACGCCCUGCGCUCCCCGAAAGCGCACGGGCGCGCCCCGACCGCGCACCCCUCCGGGAGGGCCAUGAGGAGCCGGGGCGCCCCUCCCCCGCCGGCGCUGCUCAGCCCCAACCCCCCCUACCAGCCCGCCGCCCCCCACCGGAGGCACAGGCAGCGGGCCAAGGAGGGCCAGCAGCAGGCCCACCGUGGCGUGCUGGGGGCCCCGGGCCCCGUGCUGGAGAAGGAGCAGGUGCGCGACCUUCCCAGCAUGCUCCUGUACGAGGGCGGCGUGGGCCAGGUGGUGCAGCGGCACGAGCACCACCACCACCACGAGCACCACCACCACUACCACCACUUCUACCAGUCGUGAGCCCUGGGCGGCUGCGUCGGCGCCAGCGUCGCCAUGCCAACCGGGCGCCGCGCCCCGCCCCGCCCGCUGUGCGCGGGCGUUUUCACAACUGUACAGAGACCUCUGCGGACUGGGGAGGUGCUGGGAGGAGCACAGGAGGAGCAGAACAAGAGGAGCAGAGCAGGGGCCUCCUCAAGUGGCAGGGCAGGGGAUGGGUUGGGGCGGGGCGGGGCUGGGCGGGGCAAGGCCAGGGUAUUCUUUAGGGAUGGGGAAGGCAUGAGCGGGUGGCUAGGCUUACAGGAAUCCUCAGAAACCACAAGCUUGGCUCUUAUGUGUUCAGCUAAGCCUGGGGCUUGGGGCUUGGGGCUUGGGGGGUGGGGGGGGGGGGGGUUGACCCACAUCUCACCUGAACUCUCUGCACUGACCUCUCUGGUUCUCUGAAGCCCUGGCUGGUGAACUGACCUCCUAAGCCAGGGGGGAGGGGGGGUCAGAGGGAUGGGUUUGGCUGGGUAGAGGGUGGGACGAUGGGUGGGGAGGGGGGGAGGGUCGCUGGAAUGGAAGGACUAUCACACACUAUGAUGCUAUAUAUGAAGAAAAGGACGAGGUCAUCAGCACAGCACCGGGUGGGCCUCUGGUUUGUGCCCGAUGGUGGUUGCUGGGAGACCAGGAAGACCCGGGAAUCCUGUCGGCUGAAGACCACUUGAAAAGCACUUCCUGGUGCUGUCGCUUCUAAAAAAAAAAAAAAAAAAACAUUUGCAGUCAGAACCUGGGCAUUUUCUACCGAGACAAGAUCCUGACUUUCACAAGCAAUACUCUGACACUUCUGAGGACAAUUUAAAAAAAAGAAAAGAAAUGAAAGCAAGGCAUUUGGAUAAAAAUAUUAACUGAAAAUUGAAGACCCCAAACAGCUGCUACCUCUAGUAUUAUUAUGAUUAUUAUUGAUAUAAUUGUUGUUAUUAUUCAGAUGUUAUUUUUAGUAACAGAUUUUUAAUAUGUCACCUACAUGGGAGGUUUUUCACUCUGCAAUCGUGUAGCCUUGUGCUAUCCAUCAUAUUGUUUUUGUAUGUACAUACUGUAUGUGCCACGUUUUAACACCAACUAUACACAAGCUACACUAAC